AUGGAAAUGUAGCACGAAUAUUUCAUAUUAUUCCUAUUCCAAGAAUUGAAUGUGUUGUUAUAAUUCUCUUCAAUUCUAAGAAUUUAUGGGUUUGUAUUCACUUGAAAACAAUAUUAAUCAGCUGUAACGCUAUAUAUUAUGAAUAUGCUUAAUGUUUCAGUAACACGUAUAUUCUGUUUGAGAGCUUCCACGGCUAGCAUACCGCUAUAAUCUUGUCGUAGUAAAUUGUAGUCUGCAAUUUGCUUUUUGAGAAACAUCUGAAGUAGAUAUAGCAUUACCUUGUUUCAUAUGGUCUUACCUUCUUUUUUUUAGAAACGGUCAUGAAAGUUCGAAAGUUUCGGUUAAACUAGGCGGUAAAACUUUAUCUUUAGAGGGCUGUCCAUACUUUUCUUACUGCCACUUACAAAAAAUCAAUGGAGCUGAUGUUUUUUAUUUGACAAGCGAAUAAUUCAAGCAUGGUAAACUUUGAGGCGCUGUAAACUUCUCGUGAUGUUUGUGAUUCAUUGUGUUGGUGGAUUUGCUAAUAUUUUUGUGUAGAUUGAAAAUUGUUUAAUCAUGUACUUACUAUAAAGUACAUUAGGUGUAUUGUGAUAAUGACAUCGGCUUUUUUGCGGCAUGAUAUGAGGAUAGGAGUCUUGAGUUCAACGGUCAAGUCCUUCAAAAUCAUGGGUCAAAUCAUACGACUCAUAAGACAUUUUACUUAAGUGUUUCUUUUGAAAUUUGUACUCUUGAUUCAUACAGGGUUACAUAUUUUAUGAGACAGAAAUUCCGCUGUCAAUCUAGUUGCAAUUAUGCCUACCCUUUUAAGGGUUCGGGCUUAGUGAAAUGGUCAGUUCUAUGCUGAGGAUCAAUUUUUUAAAAAUAAUUUAUAAUAUUUUUUAACAAAUCCAUUACGAUAUUAUUACAUGAUUCAGUGAACAAACAUGAUGAGUGUUAUCAAAUGAGAAACACCGCGGUAAACAAAGUAAAAAAACUCCAUAUAAGUUUAAUAAUUAUAUAAUUAGAUAGAAAAAUGAAAAUGGACAAUUAAGACAAUUUCAAGGAAUCGUUUCACUUUAAAGAGAUGAUUUGCCGAAGACAUUCGCCGAAACUUGUCAAUGUGUGAUGCGGACUCUAGCAACCAUGGCGGGAAUAUUGAUUUUGCAGUUGCGCAGAACGGCACGGGGCGGCGCGCGCAUAUCCUGUCAAAAUAAAACAUUAUCCGGCAAAUAAAUAAAAUUAUAACGCGAAUAUUUCCUAAUAGUGGCGAAUUACUGUGCUAUUACGUAUAAAUAUAUAUAGUGAAGUUAAUUUUCGGUGCCUUUGUAUGUUUUGUGUAUAAAUUUGAGUUUCCGUACAAUCGCUACGUUAGAGGUUAGUUUUUCACUGCGUUCUAACAAGAAUUUGUGAAAGUGUUUCUUGGAAAAGGGUGUUACCAAUAUGCUUAUUAUGUUCGGUGUUAGCUCGUGAUAUUUAUUCAUAUGACAAUUCGCAAAUGAAGGUAAAGAGAAGAAAACAGUAGGCAGUUAAUGGUUCUUGUUCCUUGUUCCAAACCAAGUAAGCGAUGGAGGGGAUGAUGCAAUUUAUUCAUCGAUAUCUAUAAAUAAAAACAAUGAAAGUGAAAAAUGACGAGAUGUAUGCGAAUAUUUGGUGCCUACUCCUACAGGCUGACCAGGAGACACUCCACGAUACUCCUUCUGGUCUCCUUCAUAGUCACGAUCACGAUAAUCCUGCAGCUAUACGCGUACAGACACCAGGACCAGCCUCACACGCAGCCCCGUGUCGGUGAUUUUGACUACAGACCCGGCACCUUCCUUAGAGGCAUUCAGCCGAACGACAGCGUCAGUUACUGUGACUUCAACUACGGCCUCCCUGACAAGCUCACAUGGGGAAGCUUCCCUACGCAUCCGUCCCCUGAAACUGGAAGCAAAAGUCCUUACAGAGUGGUGUAUGACGCUGUGAGAGGCCGAGCAUACCGUAAAGACGGCAAAUACGAUGCAGUGACGUACGCCACGCAAGCUACUGCGGGAUUCCUGUAUCAUAUAGUCGAAAUAGCUAGGUACUGGGAAGGUCCGAUCAGCCUUUCUGUCUUCGUUCCCGAUUAUGACCUGGACAUAUGCAUGCAAAUCAUGAAUCAGCUCUGCCAUUGUUAUCCGGACAUGGCGAAAGUGUCUCUGCAUUUGUUCUUUCCUAAAAAAUAUCCCCCAAAAUUGAGGAGUAGGGAGCAGUGGGUCGUGCCCAGUACUGACGUUCUAACGACGACAGCAAACAUGACAUUGAUGUUGAAGAAUAGAAUAGAAAGCUACAGAAAACUCGACAAUAAAACGAGAGCAGAAUACAUACAGUGGGUGAGGAAAAGGAAAAUCGAAAGAAUGAUGAUGGGUUUCCCGAAAAAGCCUAUACAAGCUCCAACGUUGAAAUUCGAAGACUGCUCUGGUCCGGACUCCUUCGAAAUCCCAACGUAUAGGAAGGAAUACAAUAUGAUUUAUCCAAUCAACGUGGGCAGGAAUGUGGCUAGGAAUGCAUCGAGGACAAAUUACUUCAUAGUGUCGGAUAUAGAAAUGGUACCGAGUGACGGAUUGGCGCCGAAGUUCUUGGCGAUGAUAAAAAAGCUUAUGGGGGCUAAGAAGAGGCGCGAGGGGUGCCAGUUUACGAAGACAAUAUUUGUCGUGCCGCUGUUCGAAGUGGAGAGGGGAGAGGAAAUACCUCGAGACAAAGAGACAUUGGUGCGAAUGGUGGCUGCUAACAGAGCGAUGUAUUUCCACCAGAAAGUCUGUUCUCAUUGCCAAAGGUUCCCUGGACUGCAGUCUUGGCUUCUGAGACCAGCGCCGAAGGUGGUUGAGCCGAUGUUGAUCGCUCGAAGGGAGUACCCAUACCACAGAUGGGAGCCGCUCUACUUUGGCACUCACAAGGAGCCUUGGUACAGCGAAGUAUUGUCGUGGGAGGGACGGCAGGACAAAAUGACGCAGAUGCUAGAACUAUGCCUUCAGAAGUACAAACUGUAUAUAUUAGAUGGCGGAUUCCUGUGCCAUGCAGCGCCUCACCAGAAAAAAGAUUUGCUCACGCCUGCGCAGUGCGCCAUCCGUCGGUGGGCUGUGUUCUCCAAUUUGUACCAAUAUUCCAUCAGUAUGUUAAACUUUUCCAAAAAAUACAAGCGUAUUUUGGAACUGAUAAAAAAAUCCGGUAGUCGCAGUUGUGAUCUGGUUUUUCGUUACUGAUAUGUUUUUUUUUAUUUCUUAUUAAUCAAUUACUUUGUUAGUUUAAUUUUUGUUAAGUUUUUGGAUUUAUGAAUUAAAUUGCGAUUUUAUUACCAUGAGUUUAGUUCUUGCACUCUCUAUUCUUAGUAAUACCAGUUCUAAUGUUUUUUUUUUAACUGAAUCAAAUGAAACAUCAUGUUUAUUUCUUUAUUAUCUGUAAUAUUGCAUUUAAACGUAUUCAAAUAACACGUAAGUAUGCAGCGUUCGUUUUCAUCUAAAUACUUCGUGCAACGAAUAUUUUAAACAAUUUCAAUUCCCGUUGCUUAUAGUACUGACAGGAUAAUGAGUUUCGUGAGAGAGUGUUGAGUUAUUUCUUUUAAAAGACGUGUCGCAUCUUUCAAACAUACCAUAUUGAAAAUACUAAAUGUAAAUAUUUUAUAUUUAGCGUUUUAACAUUUAUGUGUUUAAAAAUCAACACUGAGAAUUAAAAUAGUAUUUAGUACUUAAAAAAAAAAAUUAUUUACAAAAAGAUAAUUCUAAUCAAACUAGCUAACAAGCAAGAUCAUAAAAAUAUAGCUAUUAAAAUGCAACGAUUGUGAACGUCCGUUCGAUUUAAAGCAAUAAUGUAUCCCCAACGUAGUGGUCCGCAGGCCAGCUGGAUCAGUUACGCGCCCUUUUUCUUUUUUUUUGCACGACUGACCACGUCACAUUGCUAAUUCUACAUUCAAUUAUUUCUUUGCAAUGUUAUUUACAGAUCCGUAUAGAUACUUUAUUUUGUAAGAAAGACAUUUCUCUGUGUACUGAGUAUUAUCAUUUUGUGUAUUUGGUAUAGUUAAAUAUAUUACAAAACAUUCUAUUGUACUUUCAUUACACGUUCACAAUAUUCAAAUAACACGAUACGUAUUACAUCUUCUAAUCCAAUAAGUUAUGUGAGACUGGAAUGUUUGAAGAGUUGACGUUAUUGGAUUCGCAUGAUCAGAUAAGUGACGUAGCUCCAGAAUAAACUUAAUUGAAGAAAUUCCUUACGUUUGUUUUUAGUAGUGUGAAUAAAUAGCUACACGUUUUGAUGACCCAGCUGGUAAAGCUGGAAGAUCUGAGUUCAAUGCCUAUUCUCCGACUGAAUAAUAUUAAGUAUGAAAAACAGUUACCUAUAAUAGUACCUGAUCAAAUUCGAAACUUCUAAUCGACAAUACAAUUGGUCUUACACCUGAUUUCUCUCUGGUCAUGUCGGAUUGCCGUCUCACCGAACUAUGAGAAUGAAGGAACAGAG